AUGGCGGCUCUACAAUCAUCUGCCAUGGCCCUGCUAGCUCUUGCGGUAAGCACUGCUGCAGUGGCAUCGAGCUCCACGGCCGUAGCCAGUCCCACCGGUCUCUCAUACCCGUCAGGGUUUGAUAUGAAAACAAGCUGGGCCAACCUCAGCCCCUAUGCCGAUGCAUCCAGUUUCAAUGUCUCUAAGGGGUUUCCAUCGGAGUGUGAACUGUCGCAGGUGCAUGUGCUACACCGCCAUGCCCAGCGGUAUCCUACACAAUGGCCCCUCGAUGGAGAAGGCAUGGAGAACUUUGCCCAGAAACUGGCCAACUACACUAAGAAAAAUCCACACAAGAAAAUCGGUUCCGGACCUCUGUCUUUUUUGAACGAUUGGGAGUAUAUGCUUGGUUUGAACACUCUGCUACCCACUGGCGCCGCCACCGAAGCCACUUCCGGCGCUCAAUUCUGGAGUCAGUAUGGCCGAUUGCUCUAUCGCGCAGAAAAUGCCAAUGCAGCCUGGAAUGCAUCACUGAAUGUGUAUCCCAAUGGUACCGCGCGCCCAAAGCCGACUUUCCGCACGACCUCGUACCCCCGAAUUUUGGAGAGUGCUCGCUGGUGGCUGGGUGGCUUUUUUGGAAACACAGGAGCCAACAGCUCAUACUCGGAGUACAAUCUGACUAUUAUCCCCGAGCUCGAAGACUUCAACAAUACCCUAUCGUCGACCGAUUCCUGCCCGAAUGGCAUGGAGCCGGGUGACAACGCUGCGCAGGUAUUCGCUUCGUCUCUUGUCAAACAUGCCCGAGAGCGUCUUGCUGCACACCUUCCCCAGGAUCUGAAGCUCGACACUUUCGACAUUCUAGCGAUGCUUAAUAUGUGCCCGUACGAGUAUGCGGCACUGGGCCAGUCCUCUUUCUGCGCGCUCUUCACUGAGCAGGAGUGGCGCGACUUUGAAUACUACAUCGAUCUUCAAUUCUACGGCGACUACGGUUUUGGGUCCCCCAGUGGCCGCGCCCAGGGCAUUGGCUAUGUUCAGGAGCUGGCAGCGCGUCUGCAGUCUAGGCUCAUCACGAGCAGUGACAGCAGCAUCAACUACACGUACGAUGACAACAUCAAGACUUUCCCGCUCGAUCAGCCACUAUACAUGGACAUGUCCCACGAUGAUAUCAUCGUGUCUGUCCUGACUGCUUUGGGUCUGGAUUAUUUCAAGUACGGUCCUCAUGGCUUGCCUGUCUCGGUUGCGCACGCCCCGCACCGCACCUUCAACCUAAACCAGAUGACACCCUUUGGCGCUCGCUUGUUCUCUGAAGUUUGGACCUGCCCCAAUGAUUUCGCAUUCAAGGAUCUUCAGGUGCAAAAAUACAAGAACCCUGACCUGUCGUCCAAGUCUGAUACCACCGAGUAUAUCCGAUUUGUGCUGAAUAAUGCACCUCUGCCGCUUGAUGGUCUCAAGGUCUGUGAUGGCUCUGUGAAUGGAUUUUGCAAGGUCAAAAAUUUCCUUAGAGCUAUUCCCGACCUCAACAAGGAGGCCAUGUACCAGGAAGCUUGCUAUGGUGACUACAACAUCACCAACCAAGUGGGCAACGGGCAGCCAAGAAAGCUCUGA